AUGGAGGCAAAGAGAGAAAAUUAUAUUUACAAAAUUAGUAAUGGUAAUAAUGAUGGGAAACAACAAAAACAACAGCAACAAGAAGAAUUAGAAGAAAAUGAUGAGGUAACAACUAUAGUUAAAGAAGGACAAGAAACAGCUAUAGCAAAUAUUAAUAAUAAUAUUAUUAUUAAAGAUAAUUAUGAUGAUAAUGAUGAUGAUUUAAAUAUUGAUAAUAUUAAUAAAAUUAAUAUUAAGCUUAACUAUCAUGACAUUAUUCAAUUACACUUGGCUUUACUAGAAAUUGAUUCAUUUCAAGAAACCAACAAACUAGACAAAUCUUAUAAUAACAAUAAAUCUGUUGGAUUACCAAAAUUUCGAUAUAAAUAUUCAGAACAAAAAUUGGCUUUGUACUUGGUACAGGGUGGGCAAGUUUUUAUCCCUCUUAGAGUUUUAGGAGGAAUUGAAAAAAUCAGUGAUAGAAUUAAUUAUAAUUGGAAUUCAGAGUACACAGUUGGAAAGAAAAAAGUAAUUACUGGAAACAUGAAAAGUGCAAAAUCAAUUACUUUAUAUAUGCAUAAAGAUGUAUCAGAACAAGAAAUUGAUAUAGCAGGAUUACACAUAAAUUAUAUGAUAAAAGCUAGAAAAAAUAAAUCUUACUCAAAUUGGAAAUAA